AUGAAUGGUAAUGGAACAGCAGACAAGCCAGGCCCUCCAGGAGGCAAACCUUUUGGGCCUGGCAUGGGCCCGCCUAUACAGUAUCCCACUGGAUUCAAGCUCUACUCGAUCAUGACCGGGCUCUACCUCGCGAGCUUUCUCACGGCUUUGGAUCGUACCGUGUUGGUGGUCGCCAUUCCCCAAAUUACCGACCAUUUCAACUCGAUUGACGACAUCGGUUGGUACGGCAGUGCAUAUCUGCUCACCUUUUGCGCCUUCCAGCUGUUGUUUGGCAAAAUUUACUCGUUCUACAAUCCCAAAUGGGUCUUUCUGUCAGCUGUUUUGAUCUUCGAGAUCGGAUCGGCCAUUUGCGGUGCUGCUCCUAACUCCACUGCCUUGAUCAUCGGUCGUGCGAUCGCGGGUCUUGGGUCUUCAGGGAUUUUUGGUGGAAGUGUCAUUAUCACCUUCUUCACGGUCCCCUUGCAUCAGCGACCGAUCUACACUGGCAUCGCCGGCGUCAUAUUCGCGUUGGCCUCCUCAGUCGGACCGCUCAUCGGUGGUGGAUUCACCAACAACGUGUCCUGGCGGUGGUGCUUCUAUAUCAACCUACCCGUUGGAGCCCUGACCGUGGUGACUAUUCUGCUGUUCUUGAACCUGCCACCCGCUCGUAAGGCCGGGACACCUCUCCGUGAACAGUUACUGCAAAUGGACCCACUGGGUAACCUUUGCUUAAUUCCUGGUAUCAUUUGCCUUCUGCUUGCCAUCCAAUGGGGUGGCUCAACAUAUGCGUGGAGCAAUGGUCGGAUAGUUGCACUGUUGGUUUUGGCCGGUGUUCUCUUAAUCGCCUUUGUGGGAGUCCAGCUGUGGCUGCAGGAUAAGGGCACUAUCCCUCCACGCGUGAUGAAGCAGCGCAGCAUUGCGGCUGGUAUGGCAUUCACGAUCUGUGUGACCGCAGGCUUCAUGUCUUUCAACUACUACCUCCCGAUCUGGUUCCAAGCAAUCAAAAAUGCGUCAUCCUUCCACUCGGGUGUGAUGAUGUUGCCCACAGUAAUCUCAUCAGGAGUAGCCAGCUUGGCCUGUGGAUUCAUCAUUCAUCGAGUUGGAUACUACACGCCGUUUAUGAUCGGUGGCUCUGUGCUCAUGGCGAUUGGCGCAGGUUUGCUCACCACGUUCACGCCCACCACAGAGCACCCUAAAUGGAUUGGCUAUCAGGUUCUAUGGGCAUUAGGAUGCGGAAUGAGCAUGCAGCAAGCCUCCCUGGCCGCCCAAACAGUGCUCCCGAAGCCUGACGCGCCAAUUGGUAUCUCGCUCAUCUUUUUCUCACAAUCAUUAGGCGGUUCAGUAUUUCUAGCGGUGGACGAUUCCAUCUACAGCAACCGGCUUGCGGCCAAACUGGGCAGCAUUCCCAAUCUGCCUCAGUCAGCGCUGACAAACACGGGAGCCACCAAUAUUCGCAACUUGGUGGCACCUCAAUAUUUGGGUCGUCUGCUUGGCGGCUACAAUGACGCAUUAAUGGAUGUCUUCCGGGUUGCGGUAGCCAGCAGUUGCGCGUGCGUAGUAGCUGCUGCCUUUAUGGAAUGGAAGAAUGUCAGGGCGGCCAAGGCAGCUGGACCAGGUGGCCCAGGGGGUCCAGGGGGUCCAGGGGGUCCAGGGGGUCCUGAAGGCCUGAGGGGAGGAAACAAGGUAUAA